AUGAGUAGUCGAUCAUUACCAUUAAUAUCUUCAACAGAAGUUAACAAACAUAAUACAGAAAAAGAUUGUUGGGUUACAUUAUAUCAAAGAAAAAUUUAUAAUGUAACAGGAUUUUUAAAUGAACAUCCAGGAGGAGGUGAUAUAAUAUUACCAUAUGCUGGAAAAGAUAUUACUGAAAUAAUGUCAGAUAUAAUAAGUCAUGAACAUUCAGAAAGUGCUUAUGAAAUGUUAGAUGAUUCAAUGUUAAUUGGUUAUAUGGCUACUUCAAUUGAAGAAGAAGAAUUAUUAAAUAAUAAUAAUAAAACACCAGUUGAAAUGAAAUUAAAUUAUACUGGUGAAAUUCCCAGUGAUGAACAAAAUUAUGAUAUGUAUGAAUUUCAUGAAAAUUUACCAACUUUAGAAAAAUUAUCUAUACAAACUGAUUUUGAAGAAGAUGCUAAAAAGCAUAAAUUUUUAGAUUUAAAUAAACCAUUAUUAAUGCAAAUAUUAAGAUCUAAUUUCUCAAAGGAAUUUUAUUUAGAUCAAGUUCAUAGACCAAGACAUUAUGGAAAAGGGUCAGCUCCAUUAUUUGGUAAUUUUUUAGAACCUUUAUCAUUAACUCCAUGGUGGGUUAUACCAGUUGUAUGGUUACCUCCAAAUAUGGCAUUAUUCUUUUAUGGAGCUUAUAAUUUACCCUUUUUAACAGCAAUAAGUUUUUGGAUAAUGGGGCUUUUUGUAUGGACAUUUGUUGAAUAUUGUUUACAUAGAUUUAUUUUCCAUUUAGAUGGUUAUUUACCAGAUCAUCCAAUUUUUUUAACUUUACAUUUUUUAUUACAUGGUAUUCAUCAUUAUUUACCAAUGGAUGGUUAUAGAUUAGUAUUACCUCCAACAUUAUUUAUAAUAUUAGCUUAUCCAUUUUAUAAAUUAAUUUUCGCAAUUUUUCCAUUUUAUAUUGCUUGUGUUGGAUUUGCUGGUGGUACUUUAGGUUAUAUAAUGUAUGAUGUUACUCAUUAUGUUUUACAUCAUACUAAAUUACCUGGUUUUUUACAAGAUAUAAAAACUUAUCAUUUAGAACAUCAUUAUAAAAAUUAUGAAAUGGGAUUUGGUGUUACAUCUCGAUUCUGGGAUGUGAUAUUCAAUACUGAAAUUGAUAGUACUUAUGAAAAAAGGAAUUAA